AGCUGGCCCAGAGCGGUCCUCCCGUGGCACAAGGGCACGCGGGCAGUUGAGUUGUUGGUUGUAUAGGACAGAGUAAAGGUCGACCCCUCCCAGACUCCCACACAUUGUAGGACUAUGGCCUCCAGCAGCGGGCCAGGACACAGCGCCUUUGGACUGGGCAGGAAGAAGAAGAGCCCCGGCCUCAUGGAUCAGAUCAGUAAAAUAUUCACGGGGGACAAGAAGAAGCGCAGUAAGGGCUCUUUCCGUGGCCACACUGCUUCACCUCAACAGUCCUCCACUCGGCGCAAACAAAAUGAAAACGCUGUGCUAAAGUUCUUCAGGAGCCUUGUCGCCACUUCUCCUCGUCCUAAAUCCAGGUGGAGAGACGUCUUGGGUUUGGCAUCAUCGUCUAAAGCCGAAGGAGCAAAGUCCCCAGUGCGAAGACGCAAAGAGCAGGGCACACUGUCCCGACUCCUCAGUCUGGGAGACUCUAAAUCCCGCCCUCCCCCAAAACGCUGGAGCACCAUCUUCUGAGCACUCACCCCCAGACCCCACCAAACCGGGACAAGAAGAGACCACCGAACAGGGACCUAAAGAUGGCCAAGCAAACUCACAACCUCAACCAGUGCUAACUAAUGACUAACAGGGAAACAACACGAAGGCCUAAGCAAAGUCAAUUGAAUAGAAUGGGGUCAAUUACAUACCAAGCAGGCUGUAAACAACAAAAUUAAAUUAGUUCUUAUAUUUUUAACACUUGCUGUGAAUGAAUAUAGCCUGAAUAACAAGUCAAUUCAAAACUAUUAUGAUUUUCUAUUUAAGCUGAUGAUAUAUUAACCAAACUAUGCAAAUGGAAACACCAUUAAGUAUAGACUAUUUUCUUGUCAAGCCGAUGUCAGUGUCGCUAUGGUUACAGUUGUUUCCGGGUUGCACGUUUUGUAAACUGUUUUUAAAUAAGCAAAAAAAUGUUCUUAAGGUGCUAUGUGCGUCUAUGUCACUUCAGGUCAAUAAUGUAAUGUCUGAAUACUUUGUACAUAAAUAACAGUAUUACAUAUAUCUGUAAAAGCCUAACUCAUAGCAUGGCUGCCCUUUGUGCCUUCUUUACUAAUUUUAUCAACGUAAUACAUUUAAUAUUACCUUCAGUAACCUAUAUUGUACAGUACUUAAGUAUAAAUGCCCUUUUAAAUGCACUAUAAAUGACCAAAAUCUUAAAACUACUACCCAUUCUUCAUGUGCAGCUAAGCUUAAAUCCAGGUUAAAGUUAAUAUCCCAGUCAUAACUUUCUAGCAGAUAAGUGAUUUAAUCGUGUUUUUUAUUGUGGUAAAGUUGAGGGUGAGAAGGCAAGUUGUUGAAAUGUUCAAAGAAAAGAAAUAAAGAUUGCAGAGAGUUUAGGAAAAUAAGGGAAGUGGUUUUAAUAAUGUUAUUUUAUGUGUAAUUACCAGCACUGUUUGUAGCACAUAUCUACGUCUUGCAUGGAUUUGUUUAAUUCAGUGUUUUAUGUGGAGAAACAAAUGUGACUGAGGAGUUUGUGUAGUCUGUCCAGUCUAAUGAGAAAUAUAUUGUAUGUUGUCAAUGGGAGCUAUUAAAGUUUGUUCAAAUUGA